UCCGGCUCCGCGCUUGCGCCCGGGAGCCCUCGGCUGUCUGUUUAGGCGGCGGUCGCUCGGGCCUCAGAUGGUGGGUCCCGAGGAUGCUGGAGCCUGUUCGGGAAGAAACCCCAACUCGCUCCCUGUGCCGGAGCCCGCGGGCCAGGACGGGAAGAUGAUCCGGGCCACGGGCGGCUUUGGCGGAGGCGUCGGCGCUAUGGAGCCGCGGGAGGAGGAGGAGGAAGACGAGGAAGAGGAGGAGGAGACGCCGCCUCGUCAGCUCCUUCAGCGUUACCUCGCGGCGGCUGGGGGGCGGCUGGAGCCGGGUCUCUGUUACUGUCCGCUCUCCGUCGGCCAGGCCCCCGCCCCGCCGCUCUCGGCAGCCCCGCGCGCGGGCGCCUGCCAGCCGGGCUCAGGCUCCAAGCUCGGCGGCGCGGAGGUGGCGGCGGAUGGCCGCGCGCCGGGGCGCGGAGGCAUGACCAACGGGGACUCGGGCUUCCUGCCGGACUGGGACUGUCGCGACCCGGAGGAGGCUCGGGGGCUGCACCGCGCGGGCGGCCGGGAGGCGCGCGGCCGCCGCCCGUGCGGCCGCCUCCGCCUGGAAAGGCCUGGUGACGAGGGCGCGGACGGCGCGGGCAGCCCCUCCGACUGGGCCGCGCCGCUGGAGGACCCGCUGCGGAGCUGCUGCCUGGCGGCGGCCGACCCCGAAAAGCACGAGGGCGCGGGCAGCGACUCGGGGGGUAGUUCCGUAAGCGGCGGCAGCAGCGAGGACUUGGAGCACCCGGCAGCCGGCGCCAGGGGUCCCGAGGAGGGCGCGUCCCCAGCCGCCUCGGCCGAGAGGACUAGCGGGGGCGCGGGCGCGGAGUCGCGCUUGGGCUUCUCCGACGUUCACUGCAACUCUCGGAACACGUUCGAGGUGAGCCGCCGCCAGAGCGCCGGCGACCACCUGCCCCCGGCGGCAACGCCGCAGCCCCUCUCGGCUGCGGAGCAGGGCCCCGUGGGGGCCUCGGCCCGGGCUCGACGGAGCGGCGGCUUCGCCGAGUUCUUCGCCAGAAACCUUUUUCCAAAAAGGACAAAGGAACUCAAAUCAGUUGCCCAUAGUGCUCCUGGUUGGAAAUUAUUUGGUAAAGUACCUCCCAGAGAGAACCUUCAGAAAACUUCCAAAAUCAUUCAGCAGGAAUAUGAAGCACGAACAGGGAGGACCUGUAAACCACCACUUCAGUCUUCAAGCCGUAAGAAUUUUGAAUUUGAGCCACUUUCUACCACUGCCCUGAUUCUUGAGGAUCGACCAUCUAAUCUUCCUGCCAAAUCUGUGGAAGAAGCUUUACGUCACCGACAAGAAUAUGAUGAGAUGGUGGCUGAGGCUAAAAAACGAGAAAUUAAGGACGCACAUAAAAGAAAAAAAAUAAUGAAAGAACGAUUUAAGCAGGAAGAAAAUAUUGCAAGUGCAAUGGUAAUUUGGAUCAAUGAAAUACUGCCCAAUUGGGAAGUAAUGCGUAGUACAAGAAGAGUUCGAGAAUUGUGGUGGCAGGGAUUGCCCCCUAGUGUUCGUGGGAAAGUUUGGAGUCUAGCUGUAGGAAAUGAACUAAAUAUCACUCCUGAACUUUAUGAAAUCUUCCUCUCAAGAGCAAAGGAACGUUGGAAAAGCUUCAGUGAAACAAGUUCAGAGAAUGAUACAGAAGGUGUAUCUGUUGCUGAUCGGGAGGCCAGUCUGGAAUUAAUUAAGCUAGACAUAUCCCGUACCUUUCCAUCUCUCUACAUCUUUCAGAAGGGUGGCCCAUAUCACGAUGUCUUACAUAGUAUCUUAGGGGCAUAUACAUGUUACAGACCUGAUGUUGGUUAUGUCCAAGGGAUGUCCUUCAUUGCAGCAGUACUCAUUCUCAAUUUGGAAGAGGCAGAUGCCUUCAUUGCGUUUGCAAAUCUCCUGAAUAAGCCAUGCCAGUUGGCCUUUUUCCGUGUGGAUCACAGCAUGAUGUUGAAAUACUUUGCAACAUUUGAAGUAUUCUUUGAAGAAAAUCUCUCUAAACUGUUUCUUCAUUUCAAGUCUUACAGUCUUACACCAGACAUUUACUUGAUAGACUGGAUCUUCACAUUGUAUAGCAAAUCACUACCACUGGAUCUAGCCUGUCGAGUCUGGGAUGUAUUUUGCAGAGAUGGGGAGGAAUUUUUAUUUAGGACUGGAUUAGGAAUCCUCCGAUUAUAUGAAGAUAUUCUCCUACAGAUGGACUUUAUUCAUAUAGCACAGUUUCUAACUAAAUUGCCAGAAGACAUUACAUCAGAAAAACUCUUCAGCUGUAUUGCAGCUAUUCAGAUGCAGAAUAGCACCAAAAAAUGGACUCAGGUUUUUGCAUCUGUAAUGAAGGAUAUCAAAGAAGGAGACAAGAACAAUAGUCCUGCUCUGAAAGGCUAACCUUCAAAAUUAACAGACUAAGUGAAAUACUAAAAAGCUUUUUUUCAUAACAGUUUUUUGUUUCCUAUGUAAAAAAGCAUGUAGGGAAAGUGUUGGGGAAAUCCAAAAGAAUUAAGAAAUGGAAAACUGCAUAUUUUUAAUUCCAUAGCUGAAGUAAGGAAAUGCCUAUUGACAGUAUUAUUAAAAAGUAUUUUGUAGGAGGGGCCAUUUUACAAAGGAAAAAGUUUAAAUAGCUAGUUCAUAUUCCAUAAUUUGGAAUGAACAGUUUAAUGCAAUGAAUUUUUAAAAUAGUCUUGGAGAUACUUCACCUUUUUACAGCAUCUUUUCUUUUUUAAUAAUUACCACAAAGGCACUUUUGGAGGUCAGAGUGGGACUGUUCAAAACUAUUUUAACAUCCAAAUAUUUGAAAUAAACACAUUAGAACAGAUACUAUCUCCAAUUCUAACUAACCUUUUGAAGAUAUAGACCAAGAAUAAGCAAUUUUGGCUGCAAAUUAUUUAAGUCACUCAAAUUGUCAUUUAGCUUCAUUCACCAGUUCAGGCAUAUUUAGGUUAUCUGGGACUGGAAAUAUUGGUGCAAGAUUGUUUAACAUUCAUUGAGGUGUUUUUAAUGUGGUGUUGUGUCUGUUUGCUUUGAAGAAACUGUUUCUAUCCCUUAAGGAAUUCCUGUCAGAGAAUUUUAGCCUUUCUGUUUCUAGUCUAAGAAAUUGUUCAUCUAGUAAUUUAACACUAGGAAAACUAAAUAACUGGUAGAAGGAAAAUUCUUUGCACUUUACUGGACUUAAGGCUUGACUUUGGGAGUAAGUCCGUAAUUAUAAAUGAGGUUUUUUCACUGGUAAGAGUAAAAAGUAAUAAGUUCUGAGAGUUCUUAAGCAGCAUGCUACUUUGCAAGACUAAUUUUUUUAGUUAAAAAUUCUCCACUAUCUGUAGAAAUAAAAUUUAAUUCUAGUUUGAAAUUUGAAAUCUUAAUAUGUAGUCAGUUCCUGACUUGUAAAACAUUGUGCAUAAUUUUCUGAUCAAUGGAAAUAGAAUAAAAGAUAAAAUUAACUUUUUCUAAUGAGUCUAACUUUGAUGAUAUUGUGGAUAAAGAAAUUAUUGAUCAUUGGUAAAUUGGCAUUAAGUUUACCAUCAUAAUAUAUUUAAUUUUUGUACCUAAAAUAAAUCACUUGAGUAUUAUGAUAACCUUUAUAACAUGCUGUUUGGUUAAUAAUUAGAUUUGUAGUGUGCUUUCAUGUUGCAGUUUGAUUUGAAACAACAGUUAAGCACGCUGUUUCUGUUAGUAGUGUAUAGUCUUCAAACUAACAAGCCUGAGAUCGUUGUUAAUGUAGUAACUGCCUCUUUAGGAGUAUGGGACCAGAGUGCCCCUGUGUUAUUUUUACUCCCUGGAUCAUUUUAGCCUAGGAACUACUAGUGGGACCCUCAGAAGUUAACUCCUGUCAUAGGGGCUUGUUUCAUGGAAACCAGUAGUAAUAAAAUAUUGAAGGAAUAUCCAGGGUCUUAAUAGGUUUGGGAAUGACCAUUUAACUCUGGUAACUACUUCCUUGGUAUUGAUGGCCCCGAUAGAGGGAAUGUAACUCCUGGCAGUAAUCUCACUAAGGUUAUACUACAUGCCUAAAUUUAAUCUUACCUUUGUGUAUGUUUCCUAAGUUGGACCUAAGUUACUGUAUUUCUUUUUCUUAUUUUU